AUGGCGAUCAUCGGCGAGUCGUUCGAAAGCACCUCCACCAUCCUCCCGGGCAUCUUCUACGUCCAAGCCAAGGCCCUCUGCAAAGCCUUCCGCGCUACGGGAAGCAAAGACCUCUUCGCCGCCUUCCAGCGCCUGAUCGAAGCCCUCCGCGUCGCAGAGGCCCUCAAUCACCGGAACGCCGGCCCUUUCCGUCUGAUCGACGUCGUCUUCGCUGGGUCCGUCGGACCCACGAGGACCACGGUCCGCGAUGGUCGUGCCCUCGAUUCGGACAUCCGUCUGACUAUGGGCUUGUUGACCGGCCCGAGUAACGGUGCGCCGGAGUGGGUGCGCGAAAAGGCGGGUGUGGUGUUGUUGCUGCGGAGGUCGCGGUCCAUGCCCCCGCAGGAGCAGGAGGGUUCUCCGCCGGGCAUCAUUGGCGGCGGGCACCGCAACAGCACGGCUGGGAUGUUGACCGAGGGCGAGGUCGAGGAGAUGAUUAGGGAGGAGGCUGCGGAGCAGAAGAGAGAAGUGCAGCGCGCGAAUGGGUACCACGGGUACCCGUUCACCCCGAAGUACCGCAGGGCUGCCGGCACGAUGAAGGAGGCUUGGUGGAAGACCCCCGGGUUGGAUGCGAUGCCGUUGGAAGAGGUCUUCUCCAUGCCGACGUCCGGGCGUACGGUGGCGAAGCGUGACUCGGGGAUGGAAUUCGACGAGGAAUAA